UGUAAUGUAUUUAGCCAACGCAAGCUAGCAAGUGGGACUACCUUACGAGUAAAGGAAUUACUACAACGCGCGUUUGUGUUAUUCCGUACAUUUGGAAACGAAGCAUCAAAAAAGCACACGAUGCCAGAGCCGGCAGAGAUGAGUGGACCAGAGGUUGCCAAGACGCCAGGGGGCGGGGCUCCAGGGAAAGAGGGAAAGGAGACGGUAUCCAAUGGGCACGCAGAGAAUGAAACCAACCCUUUCGCAGAGUACAUGUGGAUGGAGAAUGAGGAGGAAUAUGACCGUCAGGUGGAGGAGGAGUUGUUGGAGCAAGAGUUCCUUGAACGCUGUUUCCAAGAAAUGUUGGACGAAGAGGAUCAGGAUUGGUUCAUUCCUGCCAGGGACCUCCCCUCAGGGGUGGGACAGAUUCAGCAGCAGCUCAACGGCCUGUCAGUCAAUGACAGCAACACCGAGGACAUCGUACGCAAAAGCAGCUUAAACCCAGAAGCAAAGGAGUUUGUCCCCGGCGUGAAAUACUAGGGAUCAUCCUCACCCUCUGGAGUCUCCCUUUCACACACACACUCACACACACUCACACACACACACACCGACACACCAACUCUCACAUAGAGACUGUAGUGGCCGCAAUGAUGACGGUCAUAUGCAUGCACACACACGCACACACACACACACAGAGGCGAGGGGGCAGAAGUGCAGAGGAGGGUGAGGUUUUUCCGGGGAGGGGGAGGGGCGGGAAGGGUUUCUUCUAUAAGCUUUUUAUUUCAUUUCAGUACAUACCUACAGCCCCAGUUAAGGGUGAAGCUGGCAGUAUAUCAUCACCAUACUCAGUGUAAAGCUGUUUUUUCCCCCCCUUCUUCUUCUUCUUCUCCGUUUCUACACAAAGGACUGAUCUCGUCUGCAGUUGUGGGUUAGCAACUUGUGCCUGACCAUUUUUUUUUCUUUUCCUUUUUUGUUUGUUUGUUUGUUUGUUUGUUUUGAGAGAGGUGCCAGCCCUGUCCUGGUUAGCUCCUUAUUUGGGGCGUAAGUGUGUGUUGGGGGCGGG